UCCUGCCUCGGGAGGGAGAGAGGGGCGCAGGCCGGCCAGCCGGCCUCUAGCUACCCCCACCGCGCCGCCGCCCGCUCCCCCUCCCCGCCUCCCUGACGCGGCCGCUGAUGCGGGGUUGGUGGGCGAGGCGAGCGCGCGAGCGAGGAAGGCGGGGGGCGGGCAGGAGGGAAGCGGCGGCGGCGGCCCGGCGGCGAAGGGUUCUCCGGCAGCGGCCCCAGCGGUGCCACCUCCCCGGCAGCCUCGGCCCCCGGGAGGGGCGGGCGGAGGGCAGGAGCGGAGGGGGCCGCCGUGACUCCUGAGCCUCCCAGCCCAUCUCUCCCUCCCUCCCGCCUCCCCCCACCGCGUCGGCCUCCUCGGCGGCGACCCCCGAUUUCCCCGCAAUCCCCCUCCCUCCUUCCCUCCCUCCCUCCCUCCGAUGGCCUUCGGCUGAGCAGCCUCCGUCCCCCCCCACCCCGCCUCUUCCCCACCCCUCCCAGCAGGAUGCGGGCAGCGCUCGUCGAGGGAGACGGCGACCCCCGCGCGGCGGCGGCGACGGCACCCCGGGAGCCCGGCGCCGAGCAGGGAUCCCAGAGGCGGCGGCGGAGGCGGCGCUCCUUCUCCUCCUGCUGAGGCCGGUGCGUUUCUCUCAAGUCUGGCUGGACGUCGCUUGCGCUACUGGGCAACCAUGGAACGCAACAGACACCCUUUCUGUGCUGGAAAACCCUCCUGUGCUUCUCGCUAAGACCUCCAAGCUUCCUAAUCCUCUGCUUGGGCUGCAGGCCUCUCCCGGUUAUUUCCUCCUCCUCUUCCUCCGCUGCUGCUGCUGCCUGGGUCUGCUCCUCCGUUUCUUUCUCCCCUCCCCCCAAAACCCCUUGUGGGAGGAAGAUUCUUUUGCCCUCCCAGCAUCCUUUGCUCUGCAUCCACCAUGCUCCUCCCGCCCUUGAGUUUCGUCCUUCGGGUGCUGAACAUCCGGACCGGCUCUGCCCUCCUCUUCUGGCUUUUGGGGCUGGCCCUGUGCUCAUUGCCCCUCUCGGGGCAGAAGCCUGAGGACAAAUAUCCCGUGGUGCCUACCAAUUACGGGAAGCUCCGAGGGAUCAAGAAGGACCUUAACAACGAGAUCCUCGGCCCCGUGGUCCAGUACCUGGGGAUCCCGUAUGCCACGCCGCCCGUCGGGGACAGGCGCUUCCAGCCACCUGAGGCGCCCGCGUCCUGGUCCGAGGUGCGGAAUGCCACGGCUUUCGCCCCAGUCUGCCCACAGAAUAUCCACGGCAUGCUCCCUGGCAUUAUGCUCCCUGUCUGGUUCACCGAGAACUUGGAGAUUGUUGCGGGCUAUGUUCAGAACCAGAGCGAAGAUUGCCUGUAUCUCAACAUCUACGUCCCCAUGGAGGAUGGUCCGCUCACGAAAAAGCGUGAGGAGGCGUCAGCUAACAAUCCCACUCCAGACGAAGAUAUCCGAGACAGCGGGAAGAAGCCAGUCAUGCUCUUCAUCCAUGGCGGAUCCUACAUGGAAGGAACUGGGAACAUGUUCGAUGGCAGCGUCUUGGCCGCGUACGGCAACGUGAUUGUCGUCACUGUGAACUACCGGCUCGGCGUGCUGGGCUUCAUGAGCACUGGGGACCAGUCCGCCAAAGGAAACUACGGCCUCCUUGACCAGAUUCAGGCCUUGCGAUGGCUGAACGAGAACAUCGGCCAUUUUGGGGGUGACCCAGAGCGGAUCACCAUCUUUGGCUCUGGAGCUGGGGCCUCCUGUGUCAACCUUCUCAUCCUGUCCCACCACUCGGAAGGCCUGUUCCAGAAAGCCAUUGCCCAGAGUGGCACAGCCAUUUCCAGCUGGUCGGUAAAUUACCAGCCCCUCAAGUACACCCGGAUGCUGGCCUCCAAGGUCGGCUGUGACCACAUGGACACAAGCGACACAGUGGAGUGCCUCCGGCGUAAGGCCUACCGGGAGCUGGUCGACCAAGACAUCCAGCCUGCACGCUACCAUAUUGCUUUUGGCCCCGUGGUGGAUGGAGACGUGGUCCCAGAUGACCCAGAGAUCCUGAUGCAGCAGGGAGAGUUCCUCAACUAUGACAUUCUCAUUGGGGUCAACCAGGGAGAGGGCUUGAAGUUUGUGGAGGACUCCAUGGAGAGCGAAGAUGGCAUCUCAGCCAGCUACUUCGACUUCACCAUUUCCAACUUUGUUGACAACCUGUAUGGCUACCCGGAAGGCAAGGACAUCUUGCGUGAGACCAUCAAGUUCAUGUACACAGAUUGGGCUGACCGAGACAAUGGCGAGAUGCGCCGCAAGACCCUCCUGGCUCUCUUCACCGACCACCAGUGGGUAGCUCCUGCCGUAGCCACCGCCAAACUCCAUGCUGAGUACCAGUCCCCUGUCUACUUCUACACCUUCUACCACCACUGCCAGACUGACACCCGGCCCGAGUGGGCUGACGCGGCCCACGGAGAUGAGAUCCCCUAUGUCUUUGGCGUGCCCAUGAUUGGCGCCACAGAUCUCUUUCCUUGCAACUUCUCCAAGAACGAUGUCAUGUUGAGUGCCGUCGUCAUGACCUACUGGACCAAUUUUGCCAAGACAGGGGACCCAAAUCAGCCAGUGCCGCAGGACACCAAGUUCAUCCACACCAAACCCAACCGCUUUGAGGAGGUGGUGUGGACCAAGUUCAACACCAAGGACAAGCAGUAUCUCCACAUCGGCCUCAAGCCUCGUGUGCGGGAUAACUACCGGGCCAACAAGGUUGCCUUCUGGCUGGAACUGGUGCCCCACCUCCACAACCUCCAUGAGCCCCCUUACACGUCCACAACCACCCGCAUCCCGCCUUACGUCACCCGCUGGCCCACCACCCGAGUGGGGCCCAGCACCACGCGCCGGCCCAUCCCCACCCUCCCUCCUGACGAAGACGAUGUCGUUCGCCCCCAGCGCUACGUCCCCUUCCCUGGAGACUCGCGGGACUAUUCUACCGAGCUCAGCGUCACUGUGGCCGUGGGGGCCUCCCUGCUCUUCCUCAACAUCCUGGCCUUUGCGGCCCUCUACUACAAGCGGGACAAGCGGCAUGAGCUGCGGAGCGGGCGGCGUCUCAGCCCCCAGCGCAACGCAGCCAAUGACCUGGUGCAUGGCGGCCAGGAGGAGGAGAUCAUGUCUCUCCAGAUCAAACACUCGGAGCACGACGCCCAUGACCUAGAGCCCCUCCGGCCGCAUGAGAUCUUGCGCCCCGCCUGCCCUCCUGACUACACACUGGCCCUGCGCCGGGCACCCGACGAUGUCCCCCUCAUGACCCCCAACACCAUCACCAUGAUUCCCAGCACUAUCACGGGUAUGCAAGCUUUGCACCCUUUCAACACCUUCCCUACCGGACACAACAACACCCUCCCCCACCCUCACUCUACCACCCGCGUAUAGUUGCCCUCUCCUCUGUACCCUCGGCCACCUGGCUACGGUGGCCCGUAUCCACCCUGGUCAGAGAGGGGGGCAUCUUCCCCGCCACGUGGACGGGUCUUUUAUAUAACAUUGUGGGGGGAGAGGGGGGUGGCGAAAGGCAACAGAGGGGAGAGGUGGAGAUCCCCGCGUGUGGUGCGGAUGGCUUGGUGGCUUGCUGUCCAACUUGGUUUUGAAACCAGAGCCUCCGCCAUCCUCCACAGCAUGGCAUGACGCUGGAGAGAAAGGCAGCACGAAAGAGCUCUCCUUCUUGCAACAAGCUCAGGACGGGCGACCCAGGUACUGGGAUCCAACAGGAGUCCCCUGAGGGGAGGAGCCACUUCGUAUUCGAGAUGGGGUGGGCAACGGAAUAGCCAAUAUCAUUCCAAACAAGGUUUUGGUUGGUGCUGAGGGCACUCAGGAGACGGGGGGGCGGAUCUUGCCAUUCUUCCUUCAUCUUUGUCGGGAUAGUCAAGAUGUCCUUGCCUUUCCUAACCGUGUGGAGUUAAGGGAAGAGAGAGGGAGAGUCUCGUUCUGUGCAUGGUUGAAGAAAAAAGGCAGCGAUGAUGCCGCUGAAGAGUCAUCCACAAAAUAAGGAACCUCCCCCCCUUUCCACGUGGUCUACUCUAUUUGGAUGAGUGAUGAAGAAACCAGUACGCGACUGAGUAUUGGCACUUAGAGCAACGGGGAGAGAGGAAGCAGGCGGGGUCCGUGCAACAUCUCUCGGCGGUGAAGAUAGCUGUUUUCACUCACCACCAAAUUCUCUGUGCUGGAUUGCUGCAGAGAGUGACCAGGCAGUCCAGCAUGGCAACUCAGCCAAAUUUCCUUCUGAGCCGAGAGAGGUUGCUGGAGUGAGAAGGAAAGGCAAAUUAUUUUCUCCCCCCCCUUCUCCAUCUUUUUCUUUUCCAAGUUGCAUUCAUGCAGAUGGCGCCUGUUGUGUCGUUCCACAAGAGGUUGGUCGCACACGCCCAUUCAGCUGGGGGGCCGCAGCAGGGUGAGGUGUGUGUGCUGAGGGCAGAUGGUAGUACCAGCGCAGGGUAGCACCCGCUUGUCAGGCGGUCCAGACAGGGAGAAGGAGCACCCAACUAAAACAUGAGUUGGCCAAGCAAAAUCCCAGUGCCUUCCUAGCACAAUUUGGUGGGAGAAAUGGACCAUCUUUCCUGCCCCCUGGUAGAUGGAACCACCAAUGCCACCUUCCCCCCCCACAUACACACACUCCACAUCUUUGUCCUCAUUCAGUGGCUCUUUGUCUUGCAGAGAUAAUGCUUUCCCCAGAAUCACUAGCAGGUGUGACGUCACCAGCAGUGACUAUCUCUGCAGUGGGAAAUGGGUGAGUAAGGGUCUGGGGCAUCUAGAAGGAAAUUCAGACAGAGGGCUCAGCGUUUGGGGAUGGGCAGCAUGCUUCAAUUAGAUUGUUCCCAAGGUGAAAUGUUGAAAAUAACAACUGGAAAUUCAUUUUUACUGAAGGGGAGGGGGGAUUGUGUUAUGUGCGGGUUUUUUAUUUUAUUUUUUUUAAAACACACAGACUACAAGAGUUGGGGGGGAAUAGGGAUGCUUAUUUUAAGAAAACUACGACAAGUGCUCAGCAUGUUCCAAACUUUUAUUUUUAAAAGAGUUGAAUAAGGAAAUGAACAAGGUGAUGGAGGUGCAGCACCAGUGCUUCAGACUGUUUUUGAAAAGUCUCCCUUGCCUUUUGAUUCAGAGAGCAGCGCCUUCCUUGCCUCCUUCCUCCCUCUAGAUCAGUCCUUCCCCCCCCCACAGCCACUUCUAUGGGGCCUGGAAUGCUGCACUUCCCUCCCCAAAUUCACACUCUGGGCGCUUCCAGACUGUUGUUGCUCUUUUGAGGUGGGAUUUAAUCACAUACCAGCAAAUUCAGGUUGUGCGGUUGUAGUUGCUUGGGAAGUGUUGCGCAACAGGUUCAGAAGAGGGCAACAAGGAUGAUCGGAACUAGAAACCAAGCCCUAUGAGGAGAGACUGAAGGAACUGAGCAUGUUUAGCCUGGAGAAGAGACUGAGGGGAGAUAUGAGAGCACUCUUCAAGUACAUGAAAGGUUGUCACAUAGAGGAGGGCCAGGAUCUCUUCUUGAUCGUCCCAGAGUGCAGGACACGGAAUAAUGGGCUCAAGAUGCAGGAAGCCAGAUUUCGACUGGACAUCAGGAAAAACUUCUUAACUGUUAGAGACAUAAGCCAAUGGAACCUAGAGAGGUAGUGGGCUCUCCGACACUGGAGGCUUUCAAGAGGCAGCUGGGCAGCCAUCUGUCAGGAAUGCUUUGAUUUGGAUUCCUACAUUGCACAGGGGGUUGGACUUGAUGGCCUUAUAGGCCCCUUCCAACUCUACUAUUCUAUGAUUCUAUGAACAAACCCGUUACCCCUCAGAAGAUGGGACUUUUUGCGAUAAGGAAAAUGACAGGAAAAUGCAGUGGAAAGUGGGGGAGAAGACCUGCUUUGACGCAACACCGUCCAACCUCCCUGCUCAAUAAACAAGUCAGCUGGAAGCAUCCUUUCUCAGUCUGUCCCUUGUGCAUAUCAGUGAUAGAACUUGAGGUCAUCCAUAUUCAGAACAGACAAAAGGAAGUCCUUCACAAAGUGCAUAAUUCACCUAGAGAAUUCAGUGCCCCAAGAGGUGGUGAAUGAUGCCCACUAGCUUAGAUGGCUUUAGGCAAGUUCAUGGAGCUGGAGAGGUCUGUCAAUGGCUAUCAGUCAAGAUGGGCACAUGGAACCUCUAUAAUCCAAGCCAGUCAUCUGUGGACACCUGUGAGAAAACAUACCGAAAACAGGAAGCAUCCAAUUCUUGAUGAGCCAAAAGGAGCAAUUAUUCUUAAAGAUGCCAAAAAUAAUCCAGAUCAGUUUGUUUCUUUAAAAAUAAAAAAGCCCUGGAUAAAGGACAUUUGGCUGAAACACAUUGGGGUCAAUAUGUCAAAAUAAAGGAUUUUUUUUCUUUUGCAUUUUUGAGAAUUAUUUCAACUUUUGGCUUAACACCUAUGAGAAGCAAGAGGUUGGGCUGAUAGUCUUCUCCAGUAGGACUCUCCUGAUGUUCCUCCUCCAUCAGGUAUUUCAGGCAGUGUCAGCUGUU